CUGCGCCAGCAACAAGCUUCUUAACAGUAAACAGUUCUCACCACUUCCAAUAAACUCGUUAAAUUCCUCAUCUGCAUUUGUUCAUUGUUGUUAAUAGGUGGUCUGGUGGUAUUGGAUAGGUAUUAGGUAAUAGUUUUUGGAAAUCCCGUAGUUAAUGUUCAUUAAUGACUGUAGUGAUUACUGACUAGUGACUACUAACAUAUUUGAGUUUUUAUUCUGUGGUGCAACGAAUUGUUAUUGAAGUAAAUAUGGAUACUCAAAAAACAUUAGAUAGUUUCAUCAAAAGUAGAAAAAGGCCAACCAUUGAAGAUGGUUUGCAUAAAAAGGAACUACUGAACAAUACAUUUGGAAUAAAUAAACCAACUAGAAAAUUAUCAUUUGAUUCUACCGUGCAGCAAACUGUUAAAAAACAAAAGGUUGAAACUGGAAUUAUACAAAAAAUUGGCCAAAAUAAUCUAAAUGCUUCUGUUGUUAAUAAUGUUACUGUUGCUGAAAAUAUUGUGGAGAAAAAGGAGACUGAAAAUGAAGUCCGCUCAGAGAGAGAAACAACUCCGGAUCAAUCACCAUCAACUAAGGCCAAAUUACGUAAAGAAUUGGAUUUGGGUGAGUUUCGUAAAAUUCUUCGUCGUAAACACAACCUUAAGAAAUUACAAGAAAAGAUCAACUCAGUGGAACAAUCACAAAUUGAUCUUAACUCUGCAAAAUCUAAAGUAGAUGCUGCCAAAAGCCAUUAUUUAUCAUCGUUUAAAUCAGUUGAUCUCCUGGUUGACACUAGCCCCGUAAAAGUUGGAUCAAGUCCAAUAAAACGAUCGCAACUUAAACCUACAGCCUUAUUUCUCACUCCAACCCAAUCUAUGGUUAGUCCUAGAAAAGUAAUGAUGUCCACUCAGAUGACACAAGCCAAAGAAUAUGUUUCGCCUAGAAAGUUAUUAGAUGAAGUAGGAUCUCUUUUAGCUAUGUCACCAUCAAAACGAUAUGCUGCAUUGGCUGAUUCUAAAGCAUUACCAUUGCCUUUGAAGUACCGUAUUUUGGAUGAAUUAUUCAAAGCUUUGGAAACGGUUUCGUCUAUGAUGUUUAGUAGAAAAGAAAAAAUAACUUUUAAUAAACUCAAACGUGGUAUUCAACAAAUGACCAGAAAAAAUUUUACUGAAUUGCAUUUGGCUCAAAUUAAAACUGUUGUACCAGAUUUAUUUAAGUUUGCAUUGGUAAAAUCGCCAAAAGAGAAAUCUAGUUUUGAAUUAGUAAUAACUCCAAACUAUGGCUCAGUGAACGAAGAUAACAUUAACUUAAUUGAACUAACAACUCAGAGGAAAAAGACAUUUUCUAAUGCACUACUUGACAUUUUGAAGGAGCAUCAUGAAAAAUAUUUGUGUAAAUUAACUCCACCUAUUGUGAUUGCCAAAGACAAAAUAACCAGAUGGCAUCCUGAGUUUGAUGUUGAAACCGUGGAAGAUAUCAUUCCUUCAACAUUACCCAAAAUUGAAAUUAACAAACCAAAAAUAGUAACGGCCAAAGAUUUAUUGGACAAAUCUCAUUCCUUGUUUGUUUACAAUAAUCGUUUAAACCGGACUGUCACAACAAUGAACAAUGAAAAUAAAAAUUUAACUGAAAAAAAAUUCCCAACAACAGAUGCAAAAAAUGCUUUAGAAGGAGCACUUAAAGGGAUUCCUAAAUCAUUUUUACUUAAGAUUCAGGAAAAGCAAGCAGAAAAAGCUAAGGAAUUGAUGACACGGUCGGUGGGUCAAUUAGAUGAGGAUAGAAUGAUGAACCGAUUACCAGAUAUUGCAAGAAGAAUGCGUACCUAUUUUGUACAACUUCAAAGAAAUGUUCUACCAUUCAAAAAAAUCAUCGGUCAAUUGAAGCAGAGUUACCCCGAGUCUAUGACAGACCAAGAAUGGAAAGCUCACUUAAAUCUUCUUCAAGAAAAAGUACCUCAUUGGAUUGUAUCAAAAAGCUUAGAUGGAAUUGAACACAUUCGAAUUGAUAAAAAAGUUGAAUUUGAAGAAACUGUAAUUAAAACAUUACAAAAAUAAUUUUGAUUUAACAGACUUUAAUUUUCUUUAGUUUUAUUUAUUACAAUAUAUACUUUUAUUUCCAGCCAUUUAUUUUGAAAAUUUUUUUUAGAUCAUGUAACCACCUGUUUGCCAAAUUUUUAAAUACUUUUUCAACUAUAUUGUAUAAAUAACUAAUAAGAAAUAGAAAAGUAAUGUAUUAUACUUUUAAAAUAAUCUAUUUGAUAUAUUAUUUUUUAAUAACAGUUUUAUUUUGCUCCAAAAUGUUUUAAUUUGUAUACUUUAUUUAUACAUAUAUCAUAUGUACAAUAUUGUUACUAUUCCACUUAUCAAAAUCAUAUGACUUAUCUUUUUGAACUUAAUAUGUAAUAUUUGUAUAGGUUAUUUAUUUAAUAAUCUAUAUAUUUUAAAGUAUUUAAACUUAACAAUUCUUGAAGAUUUUUAAUUAAAUUCAAUAAAAAUCAAGUAUACAGCGGGCACAUGAUUUAAAUAAAAAAAAUAUACAAUAUUUAAAUUCAAGCCGAAAAUGAUUAAAUUUUUUAUUGUAUAAAUAACAGUAUUUUUGUUUUAACAAGUUCAAAAUUUAAAUUUUAAAACAUUUACUUUAACCUUAUAUAAUAUUAUCAUGUACAAACAAUACAAAAUAUUAUCAUUCUAUUAAUUUACUUUAAGAAUCUUAUAUUGAUAUUUUCAAGUUUUAUGUUAAUUUACGAAU